AUUCCGUUUGAGGAAGUGAGAUCCGUGGGUGAUUGACAGGUGUUUUGAUGCCAAUGAGACGUUUAUGGGGCGUGACAGAUUUUUUUUUACUGUAUUGUCAUUUAUCUAUGACUCAUUCAAGGUUUUGGUUGAAAUCACUAAGGAAUGCGCGGGCCUCUUCCUGCCACGUAUCUAUUGGAAAUUGUUUCGAAGUGUUAAAAUCGUGAAAUAUAUGGAGCAGAGACCUUGAAUUAAAUUCAUUUUCAAGUCAGAGCAAAGGCAGUGAACCCCACCCUUGCGCUACAGUUACUAGUGUCCGCCUCAUACAUGUCACUGGGAAAGCAAAAUGGACCGGAAAGUGAUGGAGUCCAUGCUGAACAAGCUCCGCUCUACAGUCAGCAGUGCGGCCAACAGUGCAGUUUCAAAUGCUGUACAGAUUGCUUCACAGGUGUCCAAUUACCUGCCUGGAAACCCUGUGACGAGAGAAUUUGAAGCCACUCAGCACAUUGCCUCUGCUGGACCUGGCUUGGUUUGGAAGAUAUACAAGGGUUAUAAGAAGUCCACAAAGCAGGAUGCCGCCAUAUUUCUGUUUGAGAAGCGUCAGUUGGACAAGUGGGACAAGCAGGAGAGGGAGGCCAUGCUGGAUAAGCUGAGGAAAGGCGUGUCUCAGUUAACGAGGCUGAGACAUCCCCAGGUCUUGACAGUCCAGCAUCCUCUUGAAGAAUCGAGAGAAACAUUAGCUUUUGCAACAGAGCCUGUGUUUGCAUCGCUGGCCAAUGUCCUUGGUCAGACUGAGAAUAUGCCUGUUCCCACACCACCUGUAUUCAAGGAUUACAAGCUAUAUGAUGUUGAAAUUAAAUAUGGUCUUGUGCAGGUCAGUGAAGGUCUGGCAUUUCUUCACAAUUCAGUCAAAACAGUCCAUCGUAACAUCUGCCCUGAAAACAUUGUGUUGAACCAUCAAGGUGCUUGGAAGCUCUUCGGAUUUGACUUCUGUGUGGCUAAUCAGGCUACUGCAGACCAGCCUCCCUUCUGGCCCUUCGAGGAGUACGACUCGCGGCGGCACCCCAACUGCCAGCCCCACCUGGACUAUCUGGCCCCUGAGUAUGCCCUCACACACACCCUGGACACGGCUGCUGACCUCUUUCCCCUGGGUGUCUUAACCUAUGCUCUCUUCAAUGAAGGUCGUCCAAUUUUCCACAACAACCAGGACUUCAGCACCUUCAAGAGGAACUGUUGUGAAUAUAAAAAUCCAAACAGCCUAAAGCUACAGUCAGUGCCAGAUGGCAUAAGAGACCAAGUGCGCCUCUUACUACACGCUACCCCACAGCUUCGACCAGAUGCAUUGCAAUUAUCAAAGGUGCCGUACUUUGAUGAUGUUGGUGUGAAGACUCUGAGUUACCUGGAUCAGAUGUUUCAGUGGGAUAACAUGCAGAAGUCACAGUUUUACAAGAGUUUGCCCCAAAUCAUACCCCAGCUGCCCCACAGAGUGUGUGUGCUAAGAAUUGUACCAAGCUUGGUGAAGGAAUGUAUUAACUCAACCAUGGUACCAUUUGUACUUCCUGUUAUCCUGUUGGUUGCUGAACGAGCCACAAAAGAGGAGUUUGUGGAACACAUUUUGCCACAUUUGAAGCCCAUAAUGAAGCUCACAGAGCCUGUCCAGGUCAUGUUACAACUAAUGCAAAAGAUGGAAUUGCUCCUGGGAAAAACUCCUGCAGAGGAUGUUAGGAGUGACGCCCUGCCGCUCCUGUACCGUGCUCUGGAGUGUGAUACUCAACAGAUUCAGGAGCUGUGCUUGAGUGUUAUUCCUACCUGUGCACAUCUGGUGGAAAACCAUGCCAUGAAGAAUGCUCUCCUGCCCAGAAUUAAGAAGCUUUGUCUCGGAACAGGCUAUCUGUCGGUUCGUGUAAACUGCCUUGUGUGUGUGGGCAAGAUCCUAGAGCACCUCGACAGAUGGUUGGUCAUGGAUGAUAUCUUCCCAUUCUUGGAGCAGAUACCAUCAAGAGAAGCACCAGUGGUUAUGGCCAUUGUGGGAAUUUUCAAAGUAGCCCUAAACCACAAGAAGCUCGGCAUAUCCAAGGAAAUCCUCGCAACCAGAGUCCUGCCUUUCCUCUUCCCCUUAAGCAUUGAGAACUCACUCACUCCAACCCAACAUUCUGCAGUCAUGGUCCUCAUUAAGGACAUGACGGAAAGAGUGGAGUCUGAACACAGAACUAAAUUAGAGCAGCUAAACUCCAUAAAGGAUGAGCAAAAAGCACUGCAGAUGGCAAUGCCAACAAAAAUAAAUGGAAACGAUAAUGCACCGGUAUCAGCUGUUGAUGCAAGUUGUGACAUGUUUGCUGGCCUUGGGAUGAACCAGUUCACAGGUGGAGGAACAGCCAGUAAUAAACCCCAGAUGCCUAGCCCAGCGCCCAACCAAGUGUCAGCAUCGACUUCCAAGCCCUCAAGUCUUACUCUUUCUCUGGAGGAAAAGCAGAAGAUGGUUAAAGAACAGGGGUUACAGAACACCUUGAGCAAGCAGCCCCCCUUAUUACCUUCCCCUCCACCCCCUGCUAAUGCUGUCAACAAACCCAUCACUAGUCCACAGUCACAGAAUCCGCCCUCUUCCCUGACAAAUCCAGUACAACAUAGCCGCGACCUCACCUCAUCGCUGUUGAAUUCCAACUUGAACAUGAUGGGCAACCAACCUGCAGUCCCGGUAUCAGUAAAUGGACACCAGGGGAUGAUGGGAACGACUGCACCCAUGGGAAUGAUGAAUAACAUGAACAACACUCCAUCAGCAUUCAGCGGCAUGACGGGCAAUGGUACCCUCAUGAACUCAGUUGGUUCAAACAUGACUUCAAGCAUGACUUCUAUGGGGACAACUGGUAACAUGUUCCAGCCCAUGGGUGGAAUGAAUUCUUGGCCUAAUCAGGUACCAGCUCAAAAUACACCAAUGCAAAAACCAAACAUGUCAGCAUUCGAUAACCUGUUGCCAUCGCAGCAGAAACCAGUGAGCAUGAACCAGAUGGCAGUCAUGAAUGCAAACACUAGGAAUUCCUUUGGUUCCAUGAUGUCACCCAUGCAACCCAUGAAUUCCAUGGCAUUCUCAAAACCUGCAACACCGGGAGUGAAGCAACUAAGUUCCUCUGAAAUUAAUGACUUCCUCAGCUGAAAGAGCACGUCUGAGUAUGGUAUAACAGUGAUAUUUUUAUUUAUUUUCUUCUUUAAGAGAGAAAUUAAUUAUUGCAUUUAUUUACACUUUAGACAAAAGCCUGAUUUUUUAUGUAGCUUCUGUAUUUAUGUAGGACACAUUUAUAUUUUUGAUGUAUCAAAAUAGUGCUUAUAUGGAUACAGUUUUAGGCUCUUUUAUUGUAAUCUGUAAAUGACCAGCUUAAUAUUACCAUUUUUUGCAAGAAUUCAAAUAGAAUACGAAGUUGUGUUCAGAGCAUUUUUUUUUUUUUAAGGAUAUUAUAAUGGUUUUACAGGUGAGAGGGAAAUUUUGAUUUUAUUUUACAAAGAUGAUUUGAGUGUCAGUAUUUAAUAAUUCUUAUUACAUCAGCCUGUAUCCUUGUUGAUUUGACAUAUAUUAUAUAACCGCAUAAAUUAACAACAAAAAGUGUCUUGUUAAACUUUAUAUCAUUCUUUAGAGUGGAGAUAUAUUUUUUGCUGUGAGGUUAGAUGGGUAGAUUAUAGAUGGAAGUCUUGUCUAACUGCAUAAUGUUUUGAGGAUUGGAAAGUUAUUCUAAAUGAGAAAAGUGGUUGAGUGCAUAGAGUAUCGACUUAGAGCUUCACACAUUCCAUUGAAUUGGAUUUGGGUCAAAGAGUUGAAAUUCUAGUCAAAUUAAGAUUUUAUGUAUAGGAGAAAUAUAGGUGUAUAUGAAGAGCAUUUCUAAUGUUUCUUUGUUUUUCCGUUAUUGUUUACUAGUUCUCAAAAUGGCUUUUUGUGUUAAAAAAGCAUAUUUAUGAAUACAAUUUAUACAUACAUAUAAAUUUAUAAUUAUUGUUUUAUUAUGAAUAAUGUUAAAAAGUUUCUACAAAAUUAUGUAUGGGCACAACUUAGGUUGCUUUAUUUUUCACCAAUCUGUUUAUAGAUCUGAUGGGGAUAGUAAAAGAAUUUUUUAUUUGAUAACACUAACAGAAAAUAAAUUGAGUAAAAGCUAUAAUUUUUCAGUAUAUCUUCAUAUGACUCUUUUCUAUUAUAUAUAUUUUAUACCAGCUAAUUAGUUUUCAUAUAUUAUUACAUAAAAAUCCUGUAUUUAUUCGCCAAUUGUCCAUGGAUGUCUGAUAGAAGAUAACAAGUGAAUCGUAAAUCUUUCAAGUUUAACCCAUUGCUGCCAGGAAAAUGUAAUGUUCACUGUAGUUUUGUUUAAUGCUGUGUCUCACACAUGGAUGGCUCCAAAUGUGCAUAGCCACCAAGAAGUCAAAUAUAGAGCUCACCUGACAACUUUUCCUUUAUUUAUGUUAUCAAUAUCGAUGGUGUAACUAUUACAGACAUUAUUAUGACUACAAUGUUAUUAACAUUACUAAUAGCAAUAUAAAAUAAGAGAAUAUUUCCAGAAAUCAAGGAAAAGGGUAAACAGGUGAGAUAGGUAGUACUAGUAAUGGACUCCUUGGUGACUAACCAUUUGUGUGUAAAGACAAUUACCCGAACUAACAGUGGGCAUGGCAUGUAUGUACAUGCUGUCCCCAGCGGCAUUGGGGUAAAACUAUUUUUUAAUGAGGUGUCAGCUUGGUACCAAAUAAGGGCACAUCCACAUGAUGGGCAGUGCUUGCAUAGGUAAAACUAUUACCAGAUCAGAGUGGGAGGCAUGAGUGCUGAUGACAUAAGGAAAAUCACAGGAGCAGCUCUGAUAACAAUAUUAACAGGUCUAGCAGUGAAUCCUGGGCACUUUGUGUGUCCACUAGAGGGUAUACUUUUUUGUCUCCACCGGCAGACUAGGUCAGGAUUUGAAUCUGGGCAUUUUACCUCAGCAUUCAGUACAACCUUUUUCAUGGUCUGCCCAUGAGUUGUCCACUUAGUGCUUUGGAUUGUGAUUUGGUGUCUGUUUGCCUAUGCAGACACUGCAUCUCUUGUGGACAGGACUUAACAGUAGCAUACCUUUCCUCCCUUUGUAUCAGCAUUUUUCCCUUUUUCAGGCAGAUGACAAAUAAGUGAAAACCCCUAAACUAAAGAUUAAAAAUAA